CAUCAGCAGUGCAAGACCAAGGUGCUGUACCACAAUGAUCGGAGGACUGGCUGCUUUGAUUCUUCUUAGUACAGGGUCUCUGCUUCAAACUGCAGAGGUUCCUCAUCAGAUCUCUCUGACUGUGGUUGAACUUGGUGGGAAUGUUACUUUGCAGUGUCCAGUUUCUGAGAAGGAAGGCAAAUUCUUUUUCUGGUACAAACAGUCUCUUGGAUAUAUGGUCCGAACAGUCUUUGCUGCAGUUCAGGGUCAGUUAACAGUAAGUGAACAGUUUGACAACCCACGGUUCAAAGCAACAAAAGGAGCUGCUCAGUAUCUUCUUACCAUCACAAAUGUCAGCAAAGAGGACGAAGCAACAUACUUCUGUCACUAUGGAGCGUCCUAUUUAUGGAGUUUCAGCGAAGGCAUCUUCUUGGCUGUGAAUGAUAGUAAUCAACACAAAUCUUGCUAUGUGAAACAAAGUCUGGACACUGAGUCGGUCCAGCCAGGCGACAGAGUGAAUCUCCAGUGUUCACUUCUUUCCAUGAACAAAACCAACAAAGAUGAGUGUCCAGAUGAAGACAGAGUGUACUGGCUCAGAUCUGGAUCAGGAGAAUCUCAUCCAAGCAUCAUUUACACUGACAGAGACAAACAAGAGGAGAGAAGUUGUGACUACAGUCUGUCCAAAACUAUACAGACCUCCUCUGAUACUGGGACUUACUACUGUGCUGUGGUCACAUGUGGAGAGAUCCUGUUUGGUGAAGGAACUAAAGUGGAAACAAGAUCAGAACUUGAACCAGUUGUCCUUGCUCUUGGAGUCCUGUUGGCCUGCUGUGUGACUGUGAUUGUCGUCCUUAUCUUCUACGGAAAUCGAAGGAAAGUUUGCGAACACUGCAAAGGUAGGGUCACCAUUUUUUACUUUCAGGGCGUUCAUGAGAAUGGGAUGGACGGGCAGACUGACCACCUGAGAACAUAA